UCCGGUAGAUGAGGUCAACUUUUCCCUAGAUCCGCCAUUUCAGUCCCGGAGUUUCUUGUUGCACAUUAGUUUUGAAUAUUUUUGUAAUUUUAACGUUUAAGCAGCAGAUAAUUGGGGUUUGUGGCGACGCAUCAACUCGGUCAACUUAAACGCCUCGGCAGUCUUUAGUGGAAGUUGCUAAAGUCUUGGUAUUAUACCGUUUUUCCAGCGGCAGCGUUAGUCAACCAAAGUUUUUGUAUGAGUUGCGGAUAGGGAGAGGCGAAGGGGAAAGGCCUCAAGCCUCGGACGGGAUUUUACAGCCAUGGCCGGUAAUUUUGAUGCCGAAGACCGUGCGAGCUGGUACUGGGGGAGGCUAAGUCGCCAGGAAGCCGUUUCUCUUUUACAGGGACAGAGGCAUGGUGUUUUCCUGGUCAGAGACUCAAUAACCAGCCCUGGCGACUACGUGCUGUCCGUUUCAGAGAACUCCAAAGUGUCCCAUUAUAUAAUCAACAGCAUCAGUAACAACCGGCAAUCUGGCUCAGGUUUGGUUCCUCCUCGGUUUCGGAUUGGGGAUCAGGAGUUUGAGGCGCUGCCGGCCCUGCUGGAGUUUUAUAAGAUCCACUACCUGGACACCACUACACUUAUAGAGCCCAUAAGCAAGGCCAAACACGCAGGUUUCACCAGCUCCUCCUCUGCUAGUGUCCCGCAGCAGCCCGAGGAGGCUGAGUUUGUACGGGCGUUGUUUGACUUCCCUGGCAACGAUGAGGAGGACCUCCCCUUCCGCAAAGGUGACAUUCUGCGUGUGCUGGAGAAGCCCGAGGAGCAGUGGUGGAACGCUGCGAACCAGGAGGGCCGGGCCGGGAUGAUCCCCGUGCCCUACGUGGAGAAGUACCGGCCCGCCUCGCCCACUGCUGCCGGCCCGGGUCCCCCCGCUGCGGGGACGGGACAGGGAGGGCAAAUUGGAGGGGUAGCGGGCAGCACAGACGGAACAGGGGCUGCAUCGGCCAACCCUCCAGGGGACCCAGGCCAGUACGCUCAGCCUGUAGUCAACACCCAGCUUCCCAACCUACAGAACGGGCCUGUGUAUGCUCGAGCCAUUCAGAAGAGGGUGCCCAACGCCUACGACAAGACGGCGCUUGCUCUGGAGGUGGGGGACAUGGUAAAAGUGACCAAGAUCAACGUGAACGGCCAGUGGGAGGGCGAGUGCAAGGGCAAACGAGGCCACUUUCCCUUCACCCACGUUCGACUGUUGGAACAACACCAUCCUGACGACGAGAGCUGAGAAACACACGCACUCCCACCACCUGCGCACAUCCCUUCUCUUUUGGCCAUUCUGUCAUUCUCAGAAAGAAAAAGAUUUAUACAAGCACACAGUUUAUGAACCUAUGAGCUAAACCGAUCAGGCCCUGCCAGCACAAGGCGUGUUGGCUGAUCUUGCCUAAUGUCAUUUUGAUGGACGACGGUCACACUAAGAGUUUACACUAAGGUCAGACUGAUAUCGGUUUGCCUAUAUUACCUUCUUUUUUAAUUCAAGUCAGCAUUACCCGCUAAGAGUGUUGGCUUCCUCCUUGACCACAGCCACAUAAAAAAUCUCCAAAACCUACAGUGAAAUAUUUCCAUCAAGCAGAUAGGGACAUUUAUUGGUUUAAUAUUUUAAUCGAACACACUUGUGUGUUGCCUUACCCAGAAUCCAGUAGAGGGAGGUGUGUUUAGCCUAGCUUAGCUCAAUGAUUAGAAACAGGGGUAAACAGCUACCUAGCAAAGUCAAACAAACCAGCAACUUCAAAGCAGUUUUAGAUGCUUUCUGUAUAUUGUUUAUCCCAACCUGUUUGGUAUUUGGUUCAAGUGAACUACUACUUUGAGUUCGGUUGGUUUUUGGCUGGUGUAAAAGCUGCGACCAUCUAAAAAUAGCACCGCACUUCGCUUCCAAAUGAACUCGGGUUGUUUGUGGUGCGAAUGCAAACCGAACCCAAACACAGGAUUCUGUGAUGUUAAAUAUGUUUGCAUGAAUUAAAAGCUAAACUACCAUUAAAUCCAUCCGCUGACUGGGAACUGUUAAGAUGAUCUCUUCGGUGAUCUGUAUUGAGUUACUCAAGGUAAUCUGGUAACCAUGGUUACCAGGUAAAGUGUAUGCUUGUCAGCUGUUUACAAAACAAGGUGAAAAAGAGUUAGAUCAGAGGUGUGUUGUGCAUGUAGUGACCGCACAGCACGAGACACACCUGUUAGGCAUUAUUUCUUUACACAUAAGUGUCAUUCAGUCUCAACUAAUAAUUCCUGUACCCAUUUAUUUCUUUGUGAGCUCUCACUUAAUAAGAUUACACACACAGGGCUCAGUAAAAUGCUGCAUGAAUUGCUGCAGCAAUCAGUCCAUAUCACGUAAUGUUUACAGCUUUUUGUUCAUUCGUAACACUCAUGUGAAAAAGACAUGGAAGGAUUAAGAACUACAAGGCAAUAAUGUUUUGGUCUUUUCUUCCAUCUGGACCAAAUGAACCAAACCAGUGCAAAAACGACCUUCAGACCAGCUAGACAUCAGAGCUAUUUCUUUAUCUCAGUAGAAGCUGCUAACAGUAAAAGGGUUUAACCAGUUUUGAAUGGUGGAAAAGGAAUGAAAAUUAAAGAGUAAAAUGUGAAUUUCAGACACAUUAGGCACCAGUAACCGAUAUCAGUCGAACCCUAGUUUACACACCUCCAGCUCAGUAUUGAGGUCUGUGCUGCACACAACACAGCAGAGUCAGCCUACUCUUCCCUUCCUGCCAUAUCUGUGUAUCUCAACCCACCACAUUUCAUUCACACACAGAAGGGGAAAAAAAAUCGAUUGCACACAGGAGACGAAACACUCGGCUUCUCUCACAGAAUCAUGAAUCAGUGAGUUUUUGUAGUGCUAGACUGUGAACCUCAGAGUGAAACGAGCAAAGACUUUUCCUGACGAUUCCGUCUUGUGGAGAAGGACGGUCCUCCUCGCAAAGACGACUUCACCAACGUAUUGCAUACUACCCACACUACAAACCAAGUCCUCUUUUUUUGUACUAAAAGUGGAAAAUAUUAUGAUAGAAUUGACUAUAUAUAUACACACACCUUACAUGCUAAAUACUGUAAACAUUUUUUUCCUUCCUUGCAUUUGGUUUUCUUUUACUUUUUGUUACCAGAGACUAUUCGCCUAUUAUUUUAUGUUCCUUUUCAAAACACUACUCAGCACCAACAUGGAUGACACUGAGUGCAGCAUUGUGAAAAAACAAAAUAAAAGCACCCUGUCGCGGAGGAUGGAAGGAUCCCCUGAGGCUGUUUUUAGAAGAUGAGUUGAGAAAGGUUGACGGAUUUUAUUUUUGUCUUCCAGCAGGGUUUUUUGUUAUGACAUUAUCAGCUGCAAAUGUUUUUAAGAACAAAAAAAAUCCACCCUAAACACUACUAGUAGUGCUUCUGCAUUUUUUGUAAAACAAACAUUAUGUCACUUUGUCAUUUCUGGCGCCACUAAGAUGCUGUGAUUGACACUUGCAGCUUUUUCUACACUGAAAACACACGCUAUGAUUACACAUUAAGCUUUUUUUUAAACACACAUAGGCCCACAGAGCGUCACGUCAAAAGGAAGAUAAACCAUAAAAUGGUGCAUGAUGUUUUAGAAUGUGCCGUCAGACCUUUUUCCUCACGGUUGUCCUUUUAAACUUUAAUUCCUGUGUUAGCCUGUGUAAGCUAGUGGACACUUACUGUGUGGCAUGCAGAUGGUUUUAAAAUGUGGUAAAUGGCAGUGACACUGAUGAAACGCUGUUACCAGUGACAAUAACACUGUUUUGGAAAGAGAUGAUGCAGCCUGUGGUCAUGGCCUUAUUCUACCUUACACUGCCCAAGUCAGAAACUCUCAUGUAUCAUCUUUCCCAUGAUGCAUAGAUGCAGUGAAUGUUUCUCGUAUGCUGACAAUGCUAAACUACAGUAGGAACAUGGUGAGUGACAAACCCCAGCUACAUGGAGAAGCUGUUGUUUGUCAGUCACUGGGGAGGAUCUGCUGAGUUACAUCCUCUCUACCUCGUGUCUCAUAGAUUGGAAAAGAUGAGGUUGUUUCAUAGGAACUGUCUUGAAGCCUUGAAAGCUCAGUCAGUCAGUUUUGUUUUUGAUAUCUUGAAAUGAAUAACAGAGCCAAAUGGUAUGCAGAGCACCCAAUUCCAAGCUCAACAAAGUCCUGGGGUCAGAUGUAUGAAUGAUAACUACAGACAAAAAUCUGUCAUAAAGCGUUUCCCACACAUAUUUAUUAAAACAAACAUAUCACACAUGUUAUUCUUUAAGUGUGAUAUGGUAAACAUACAUAACUCCAGUUAAAGCUAACUGUGGGAGAAGAAAUCUGAUGCACCUGCGCACAAUUUCACAAUGAUUGAGAUUUAUAAAACAGUUGUAAAGGAGUACAUAUCCAUAUUUCUGCUUUUGUAUAAACAUAAAAAGUUUAGUCUUAAUCCUACAUAGAAUUUUUAUGCAUCUGACCCCAGAUGUCCUCAAAUCUAGUCUUGAGUUUACAAUGUUUUUUUUUAUCAAUUGUAACAUUUUCCCUUAAUUUGUUUUAUUAUUAAGGAUCAAAUUUAAGGAAAUUGUUUUUUUUAUACACAACAUUAAUGCCAUUUUUUUACCAUGUUUAUUAAGCUCUUUGAACCUUACAGCCUCACCUGCAUUAAUAAACACCCGCUAUAAGUUCAAAGGCCACAUAUUGCAUGUUUCUUUGUUAACGUGAGCUCAGCAGAAAUAUUGGAAUUGAUCACAGUUAGUGGUUAAUAUGUUGAUAAAAGUCAGUGUUCCUGUACAGAGCUAACAUGGUGACCAGGCAACACUAAAUGACUGUUAGUGACAACAGUCAAAUGGCUACACAGUGUGGUGCAGUGUGACGUGACAGUGAUUAGGGGCAAGUAGAGCAAAAAUAAAAAAAUAAUCUGGUGUGAGAUAUAUCCCAAAACACAGCAUCUCUGUGUUAUAGCAAUUUUAAAUUACCUAUUUAAAUUUAUAGAAUUUGCAAUGAGAAAUUACAAUAAUCUAAAUUGAAACUGCAAAUUGUCAAGUGUGGUUUUUUGGGGGGAUAAUUUUACAUUAAUCUGAUUUUGAAAAGAUGAUGUUUCAGUGGUGACUGCUGCUUCUACCCUGUCCUCCAUAUUAAUUCUUCGAUUGAAAUGUGUUUGACAGACCGGUCUGUUCAUUCUGUAGCUGUACCACUUCAUUUUUUUAAUCCCUUUUUUCCUUUAUUUUGUUGUAAUGCCUUUAUGCAAAGUGUUAAUUGGGUAUUGCAUUCAGACGUAUGGCACUGAACUCCCACUAAAUGUUGCCUUUGAGAGAAAAUAUUCUCUUUUCAUAGUCAUGACAUUUUAACUCAGCUGUCCCACGGCAAUUUAAAGACCAAUGAAUACAGAGGAAAUGGUUUUUUUUUUAGAUGAUACCACUAAUGAUUCUCCAAUAUGCACCUUAUCUCCUUUACAGCUCAAGAAAAAAACACAUCAAGUCUCAACAUGCCAAAUAAUGUUUAAUUGUUUUUUGUAUUCCUUUGCUAUGAUCAAAUAUUUUUUGCUUUUGUGCCAUUUCACCCUGACUUUGAACUGUGGAGAGGACCGGAACAAGCAAAAAUAGGAUUUUUUUUAAAAAAAAGAGAGAUUGUACAAUAUGUCAAAAUGUUAUGAAAAUAUAUUAUUUGAAGUUAAAAUUUACCUUUUUAUUUUCUGUAGCAUGUAAUGUGUUAAUAUACCUAGUCAAUAAAAAUAUACCAAAUUGUCAGUA